AUCUAUAUUAAUAUUAUAAAAAGAUCAACAUGCAGGUACAAAUCAUUGUUGGAUUCGCGUUGCUGGCGUGCGCUUGCGCACAAGUGUCCCAACCACCUUCAUAUAAAGAACGAUACCCUGAUCAUUACAUGUUCGCGAAGUCAGCUCGUCAUCCACGCGAUGUUACUUGGAUCAAGAGGACCGGUGAUGGAAGAAUAUUCGGUACCCUCAGUGCCUUGGAAGAAAUGCUUAUUGGUAAAGCUGGUUACAGGCAAGACAUAUUCAAUGACGGUAGGGGUGUACUGACCGGUGAAGCGUAUGGCUCACGUGUUCUGAGUCCAUAUGGCGACAAUAGCUAUGUCGGAGGGAAAUUGGAUUGGACUAACGCUAAUAAAAAUGCGGACGCGACUUUUGCACUCACUAAAGAGAUCGGUGGCAAUACGAACGCCGCAGCUACUGCUUCUAAAGUCUGGAAUCUAGACAAAAAUACUCACGUGUCAGCUGGAGGAACUGUCUCCCAAGACAUGGGUCAUGGGAAACCCGAUGUUGGUGUAGCAGCCAAGUUUGAACACGUUUGGUGAUGGGAAAUACUUUAUAUUAUUUUAAUGUACUAGUCAUUGUUGUAUUUAAAAAAUAAAUCAUUAUU